CCAUUAGGGCUCCGGCCCCAGGAGGCGGCUCCGGAGCGGCGGGCGGGUUCCACCCCCGGCUGGCCGCGCGCCCGCGCCUCCCAAUUCCCGGAGCAGGGCGCGGGCUCCCGGCGGCAGUCGGCGGCUCCGCUCCCGCCUGGGCGUCUGGGCUCUGGGCCAGGGCGGGCUGGGAGCGGCGGCGGCGGCGGCGGCGGCUCGGGGCCGCGGAUCCCACGGAGGGCGGCGGCCUGGGCCAGCCAAGCCAUGGCGGCUCCGGAGCCGGCGCCGAGGCGGGGCCGGGAGCGGGAGCGGGAGGAUGAGAGCGAGGACGAGAGCGACAUCCUGGAGGAGAGCCCUUGCGGCCGCUGGCAGAAGCGGCGGGAGCAGGUGAACCAGGGGAACAUGCCAGGGGUCCAGAGCACCUUCCUGGCCAUGGACACUGAGGAGGGGGUGGAGGUGGUGUGGAAUGAGUUGCACUUCGGGGACAGGAAGGCUUUCGCAGCCCAUGAGGAGAAGAUCCAGACCAUGUUUGAGCAGCUGGCGCUGGUAGACCACCCCAACAUUGUCAAGCUGCACAAACACUGGCUGGAUGCCUCGGAAGCCCGGGCACGGGUCAUCUUCAUCACCGAGUACGUGUCGUCAGGCAGCCUCAAGCAAUUCCUCAAGAAGACCAAGAAAAACCACAAAGCCAUGAACGCCCGGGCCUGGAAGCGCUGGUGCACACAGAUCCUGUCGGCGCUCAGCUUUCUACACGCCUGCAACCCCCCCAUCACCCACGGGAACCUGACCAGCGACACCAUUUUCAUACAACACAAUGGCCUCAUCAAGAUUGGCUCUGUGUGGCACCGCAUCUUCUCCAAUGCGCUCCCAGAUGAUCUCCGAAGCCCCAUCCGCGUGGAGCGUGAGGAACCACGGAACCUGCACUUCUUCCCACCAGAGUACGGUGAGGUUGCUGAUGGCACUGCCGUGGACAUCUUCUCCUUUGGGAUGUGUGCACUGGAGAUGGCUGUGCUGGAGAUCCAAGCCAAUGGAGACACCCGGGUCACAGAGGAGGCCAUCACUCGCGCCAGGCACUCCCUCAGCGACCCCAACAUGCGGGAGUUCAUCCUCUCCUGCCUGGCCCGGGACCCCAGCCGGCGGCCCUCAGCCCACAACCUGCUCUUCCACCGCGUGCUCUUCGAAGUGCACUCCCUGAAGCUCCUGGCGGCUCACUGCUUCCUCCAGCACCAAUACCUCAUGCCUGAGAACGUGGUGGAGGAAAAGACCAAGGCAGUGGACCUGAAUGCGGUCCUGGCGGAGCUUCCCCGGCCGGCCCGGCCCCCACUGCAGUGGCGGUACUCAGAGGUCUCCUACCUGGAGCUUGACAAAUUCCUGGAGGAUGUCAGGAAUGGGAUCUACCCACUGAUGAACUUUGCCGCUGCCCGACCUCUGGGGCUUCCCCGGGUGCUGGCCCCACCGCCUGAGGAGACCCAGAAGGCCAAGACCCCGACACCGGAACCUUUUGACUCAGAGACCAGAAAGGUGAUCCAGAUGCAAUGCAACCUGGAGAGAAGUGAGGACAAGGCCCGCUGGCAUCUCACUCUGCUUCUGGUGCUGGAGGACCGGCUGCACCGGCAGCUCACUUACGACCUGCUCCCAACGGACAGCGCCCAGGACCUUGCUGCCGAGCUGGUACACUACGGCUUCGUUCACGAGGAUGACCGGACCAAGCUGGCUGCCUUCCUGGAAAGCACCUUCCUCAAGUACCUUGGAGCUCAGCCGUGACCUCCCAACCCCAGCCCCUAGGGACCAGCCCCGGCAGCCCGCAUGGGGAAGCUCAGCAUUGGCCCAGGGUUCAGAGGACCAGGGGCUGUCCUCUGCUUACAUGCUGGGGGCUGAUGACCAAACACCUGCCUUCUACAGCUUCCAAGGAGGCCCUGGAGUGGGGUGGGGAAGGUGGUGGCUUUGGAGCUACAGGGGGACGAUCAGGGGGUUGAAGGAGCCUAGGUUGGGGGUCAGGGGAGUCGUUAGGUCCCACAUGUCCUUAGGAUCAGGAUCCCCCCCCCCCCCCAGCCAGCUUCCACAACUCAGAAUCCCUUCCCGUGUCCACCACUUCCUGGCCAAGAGCUCUCCCCCCACCCCAGGAUAUCUGGCCAGUGAUUGUACCUUCAGCAUGGGGGAGGCUGCCCCCCAGGGAAGCCCAGUGCUGAGGGUGGGGGACCCGUGUCCUGGACAGAUGUCUGGCCAGGGAAAUGCUCCACCCCCUGUUGGAAUCACAGACCCACGUGAGGAACCCCCACAUUAAGCCAGUGGCACCACACCCGCAGACGUCAGGCACAGUGCGGGGCACAGGACAGGGCCACAACCUGGCAGGAGGAGCAGUUGACAGAGAAGUUUCCAGGGGCCCAAGUUCAUAGUUUGAUGUGGCUUCUGCACAGCCCUCCAACCGCUGCCCAGUGCAGACCCGCCAUGGAGCCCCCUUCAGACGUUCCACUGCUCGGAGACAGGGAUCUGCCAGCCCUCUGCAGAUACUCUCUGGUCCCUGCACCCCCCUUCCAAAGGGCUCUUUUCUCUUCCAUUCCCUGGCCUGGACAGGUUGGGCUCAGGCAGAUACCCGCUCUUCACUGUGCCUCCUCUCAAAUCCAUUACCCCCUUUGUUACCUCCCUCACCUCUUCCCAUGGCGGCUGCCUCCCAGGUCCUGAGACUGUCAGCUCCUGAUUCCCCGUCUCUCCCCCUCAACUCCUUCCCACCCCUCAUUGCCCUGGCCUCAUUUCUCCCAGACUGCCUCCCCUCCAUCUUCAAAUGGAGUUAAACAUUCUUAAAUGUUUUAAAUCGCAUGUAUACA